UCUUGGGUUUGCUUUUCGCCGUGACUCGCCCGGGCCCUGCUGCUCUUCGAAUUUGUGAAUGGUGGCAACUCAUCAAGCCCUCAGUAUUCAUUGAUCAUUCGGCCAUUAGGAUCUAUGGCAUCCCAAAGCCCCGCAGUGGUACACGUGCUUUCAGGGGAGACCAUAACACCCUUGCUAACGUCAAAUGAUAGCAGUUCAAGCGAGUUCCCACUCUUCCCCAUCCUCCGUAUAGAAGAGCUCCUUUUUGCCCAAGCUCAUACCAUCCUUGUACAAGGUAGGCGCCGCAGAGAACUUGUUCAAAAAGUCGCUAAACUUCAACCCCGACUUGGGAGCAUUUGAAACUAUCACUUGACCGUUUUCGGGGAGGACGUUAACGGACUUAUUGACGGCGGUCAACGUGAUAGCGAUCUCGUCAGAGCCAAUUAUAAUGGUCCCUGCAGUACCGCUGUCGGUGCGGCUAACACGGAAACGAGUGCGGUCGG